AUGAGAAAUAACCGCCUGACUUUUCUGCGGACGAAGACCAACGACAGACAUGGAAGCAAUCCAGCCAGCAAGCUUGAGAAAGUCCUCAAGUCAGACAAACCGACUCCAGAGGAAGCUCUCAAAUGGGCAGAGUCGCUUGAUGCGCUGCUUUCUCACAAAUAUGGCCCAGUGGUUUUCCGCUCCUUCCUGCAAACAGAGUUCAGUGAGGAGAAUCUGGACUUCUGGUUGGCCUGUGAGGACUUCAAGAAGAUCAAAUCACUGUCCAAAAUGGCAUCCAGAGCAAAGAAGAUAUUCACUGAGUAUAUCUCCAUACAGUCCUGUAAAGAGGUUAAUCUGGACUCGUACACCAGGGAGCACAUCAAGGAAAACAUGGAGAACAUCUGCGCAGACUGCUUUGACCUGGCUCAGAGCAGAAUCUUUGGACUAAUGGAAAGAGACUCAUACCCUCGAUUCCUCCGCUCUGACAUUUACCUGGAAUUAACCAACCAACAGAGACCCAGCUCUGUCACAGAUCCAUCUUAAAGCUAUGACGACAAACCGUAGACGUUGAACUUUUUAGCUCAGUAUAGCUGGAGACAUAGUAGAACAGGACGUGUCUACAAUCACAUAAUCCAGUGAUGCACAGCUUCAUAUUGAAACGUCAGUCAACUAAGUACCUUGGAGAGCUCAGCCUGAUGGAUCAUUGUGUGGACAGAUUGGUUUUGGAUGCUUCUGUGCUGCACCCUGUUGGACAGUUGCAGCAAUAAGAUGGCAAUAUUGUGUUAUGAAUGUGCUGGAAAUGUUGACUCAAAUCAGUUUGCCAGUGCCCAAAAUGCCUUGCCACCUGAUGACCCACUGGCAGUACAGAGAGGGUGCAACGCAUGAUGGGUAUAGGGAAAAAGAGAAAUUUUGGUACCGUUUUGUUCAGCUUUACCAAGAGACUUUUCACUUUUCUUUCCUGCACAGACCUCAACACACUCCACUUUUAGAAAGAUCCUAGUGAGAUGACAUUGGAUGAAACUAAGUAUUAGUUAACAUUAAUGUCCUUUUUCAUCUGAGUCUCAGUUGACAGCAUGUUUAUAUUCUCUCAAUACGGAACACUAAUUCUUAUUACUUUCAAGGGCCUUGGUAACAUUUCCACAUCUGUUCUUCAUGUAGUGGCCCCGUGGCUCUAACCCCUUAAGUGCAAUAUACAAUUAGUUAUUCUUAUUAAUAUUUCUUUAACAAAAACAGUAUAUUAAAGGGGUCAGAAGUAUGUAUAUAUAUAUAUAUAUAUAUAUAUAUAUAUAUAUAUAUAUACACACACACACACACAACUGUACAAAUGCUCUCCCGUAAUGCAUCACACAGGCUUAGUAAGCUUUGUGGUUUCAAGCGAAAAAAAAUGUGAUUUUCUGAUGUAAAUAACAGAGGCUUAUAGUGAUGUUAAAACUAAAGGUAUUCUGUUUGUUGUCAUUGUUGUUGGAUGGUUGAUCACAUGUCAGAAAUCAGAAUAACAACAUAAGAUGCCAGAGUUUCUGUUUAAUAGUGGCUUAACAUAGAGGAGCAUGUGUUGUACAUAAACAUAUGUGUUCUGUGUUCAUUUACACGUUUAUUUACCAGAUAGCUUUUUGGGAGACUCAUGUUUGGCGAAUACAGUCAGAUUCCUCCUGCUUUCAUCCUAACGAUAUCCUACCUUAUGUAAUAAUAUUUUUUAUAUUUAUUUGUGGGGUCAUAUUUCACUCACUGCUGCCAUCAUAUGUAACAUACUCUCAUCAAAUAAAAUUACAUUCAAGCAUGAA